UUUUAGAAAAUGAAAAUUGAUACUUUACUCACCAGAACAUUUGAGAUUCUGUUGGCAUUUAUUGCAUUUUUAGGAAUAUAGGUCAUCUCAAUGUAUGCUUUCUGCCCCCCGCCCCCUUUCUCUUUGUCCAGGAAAGCCAAUAUUUUCAGUUGAUAUUCACCCAGAUGGGACCAAGUUUGCGACUGGAGGACAAGGACAGGAUUCUGGGAAGGUGGUGAUCUGGAAUAUGGAUCCUGUCCUCAAAGAGGAAGAUGAAAAGAAUGAAAAUAUUUCCAAAAUGCUUUGUCAGAUGGACAAUCACUUAGCCUGUGUGAACUGUGUGCGGUGGUCAAAUAAUGGGGUUUAUUUGGCAUCAGGGGGUGAUGACAAACUGAUCAUGGUGUGGAAACGAGCGGCGUACAUUGGACCUAGUACUGUGUUUGGUUCGAGUAGUAAACUUGCUAAUGUAGAACAGUGGAGAUGUGUUUCAAUUCUGAGAAGCCAUUCAGGGGAUGUCAUGGAUGUUGCAUGGUCUCCUCAUGAUGCCUGGUUGGCCUCCUGCAGUGUGGAUAAUACCGUUGUCAUUUGGAAUGCUGUCAAAUUUCCAGAAAUUCUUGCUACUCUGAAGGGACACGCUGGUCUGGUGAAGGGAUUGACCUGGGAUCCUGUUGGGAAAUAUAUAGCCUCUCAGGCUGAUGACCGAAGCUUGAAGGUGUGGCGGACCAUGGACUGGCAGUUAGAAACCAGCAUCACAAAACCAUUUGAUGAGUGUGGAGGCACAACACAUGUUUUGCGUCUGAGCUGGUCACCUGAUGGACACUAUCUGGUUUCUGCUCAUGCCAUGAAUAAUUCUGGACCUACUGCUCAGAUCAUUGAACGUGAUGGAUGGAAAACCAACAUGGAUUUUGUAGGGCACCGCAAGGCAGUGACAGUGGUGAAAUUUAAUCCAAAAAUCUUCAAAAAGAAACAAAAGAAUGGGAGCUCCACCAAGUCAAGCUGUCCCUACUGCUGCUGUGCUGUUGGCAGUAAGGAUCGAUCUCUGUCUGUCUGGCUCACAUGUCUGAAGAGACCUUUAGUUGUCAUCCAUGAACUGUUUGACAAGUCCAUCAUGGACAUCUCAUGGACCUUAAACGGACUUGGGAUCUUGGUGUGUUCCAUGGACGGAUCAGUGGCUUUUUUGGAUUUUUCCCAGGAUGAACUUGGAGAUCCACUUAGUGAGGAGGAGAAGAGCAACAUUCACCAGUCCACUUAUGGUAAAAGCUUAGCAAUAAUGAGUGAGGCUCAGUUGUCCACUACCAUUAUUGAGAAUCCAGAGAUGCUGAAGUAUCAACAGAGACAGCAACAGCAGCAGAUGGAGCAGAAGAAUGCAGCAAUACAGGAUGCAGCAGGGACUAUAACAACAGCUCCCAAAGUGGCAAGCAUGGUUAAUGGUGAGAGUUUGGAGGACAUUAGAAAGAAUCUUUUAAAGAAACAAGUUGAAACACGAACUGCAGAUGGCCGAAGGCGGAUCACACCUCUCUGUAUAGCUCAGCUGGACACUGGGGAUUUUUCAACAGCAUUCUUCAAUAGUAUUCCGAUAUCUGGGUCUCUGGCUGGCUCAAUGAUGUCUUCUCAAAGUAAUCAGCAACUGAUGUCAUUUGAUUCCAAUGCAACUAAUUCCCUCAGCACUUCAAAGCCUUCUCUAGAACCACUCGCAGCCAGUGUGAAACCUAUAGAUGACACAACCAAUAAAGAUGGUGUAAAUGCUACCUCUGCUUCAACUGCUCCCCCUGUAUCAUCUUCCUCUGUGCUAACAACUCCAUCUAAGAUCGAACCAAUGAAAGCAUUUGAUUCCAGAUUCACAGAACGAUCCAAAGCCACCUCAGGGACUUCUGCUGUAAUAAAUACAAAUCAGAUUGUCAUAGACAGAUUAAAAGAUCAGAAUUUAAUUAAAGAGAAUAAGCCCAAGGAUAUUCUGGAGAGCAGCAGUGAUAGUGAAGAGAAGAUUCCAGCUACUAAACCACUGACACUGCCUAAGCGUAAACUAGAAGUUGAGGGAGAAACAGUAGAAAAGAAAAAGAAAGGCAGGCCUCGAAAGGACUCCAGACUAGUGCCUGUGACUUUAACUGUUCAGUCGCCAGCUGCCCUGGCCUCUGAGAAGGAUGCCACUUGCAUAUCUGCACCAGCAUUAGCACUUAAACUGCCAACCCCAAUCCCACAGAAAUCGUUUACAUUGCAAAUAAGCUCAGAUCCCUCCAUGUACAUUGAGGUGGAGAAUGAGAUGACCACUGUGGGAGGUUCCAAGCUGAGCAGGUUGAAGUGUAAUCGGGAAGGCAAAGAAUGGGAGACUGUCCUCACCAGUCGAAUUCUUACUGCAGCAGGAAGCUGUGAUGUGGUGAGUGUAGCCUGUGAGAAGAGGACCUUAUCUGUAUUUUCAGCUUGUGGUCGUCGCCUUCUCCCACCCAUUAUAUUGCAUUCGCCUGUCUCUGCUUUACAUUGCACAGGUUCCUAUGUCAUGGCUCUCACCACAAUUGCUACACUGUCUGUUUGGGAUGUUCAUAAACAGUCAGCAGUUGUCAAAGAUGAGUCUCUACAAACAAUAUUAGCAGGAAGUGAUACAUCUGUCUCUCAAAUUUUGUUGACUCAACAUGGUAUACCAGUAAUGAGCCUGUCUGAUGGAAAGGCAUAUUGUUUUAAUCCUUCUCUUUCUGCAUGGAAUCUUGUCUCUGAUAAACAGGACUCCUUAGCACAAUGUGCAGACUACAGGAAUAGUUUACCAUCACAAGAAGCCAUGCUGUGUUCAGGACCUUUAGCCAUAAUACAGGGACGGACAUCAAAUUCAGGAAGGCAAGCUGCAAGACUAUUUUCCAUGCCUCAUUUAGUACAACAGGAAGCAACACUGGCUUACCUGGAGAAUCAGAUAGCAGCAGCACUUACGUUACAGUCCAGUUACGAAUACCACCAUUGGCUCCUUAUCUAUGCACGGUACCUAGUUAAUGAAGGGUUUGAAUAUCGCCUGCGAGAAUUAUGCAAGGAUUUACUGGGUCCAGUCCAUUACUCAACUGGAAGUCAAUGGGAAUCAACAGUAGUGGGUUUACGGAAGAGAGAGCUACUGAAAGAACUGCUUCCUGUCAUUGGACAGAACCUCCGUUUCCAGAGACUUUUCACAGAAUAUCAAGAGCAGCUAGACAUCUUAAGAGACAAAUAGUAUUUCCCCAGAUUUUCCCUGAAGGGCCUGGUCUAAGGAAAA